UCAGUUUACUUACCGCAGCGUCAGAGCACGGUCGCGCCGCUCGACGCUACGCACGGACGAUAUUUCAGUAAAACACGCUUAUCACUAACGUGUUUCAGCAACAAAACUCGGACUCUGAAAAUUUAACAAAAUCGCCAAAUGAAUAAAAGAAGACUUUGUGUAUUAGUUUUAGUGAAAAUACUUGACUUUUCGUAAAAGUGGACUGUUUACGUGAUUUUUGUUUACAUCUCCAAGGAUACAUUAGAAAGCUGUGAAUAAAUACCAUCACAUUAUAUGUGUUGGUAUAACAAGGAUUUUUUGAUAAAUUAACGCUGAAAUAGACUUUAUAAAUUGAUGGAUACUUCACAUCCGGCAAGGGGUCGAAACACACGAACACCGGCGGAAAAAACAUGACACUGAGCCUAUCGUGUCCUGUUUUCUUUCUUCCUUGAUAUUUGAUUUACCUCAUAAUGGCUCUUCACAAAAGUUCUUCAAGAAAACAAGCCUUCAGCCAAAUUUUAUUUUGGUUUGUCGUUGGACUUAAUGUUGCCGAUCAGAGCUCAUUACCGCUCAAAUAUGAAGCUCCAGACGAUUGUCAGUGGUGGCUACGAGGCCCGAACAACUCCCACGAAGUUUCUCUCACAUGUAAGCUUCGUACGAUAAACAGCGAAUUCGACACAACAAACUUCAGUGUCAUCCCUUCAGAACAUACAACGUCACUUAGAAUAGAAUGUAAUGAAGAAAUGAUGUACAAAAGCUCAUUAGACGACAGAAGUUUCGCCCAUUUAAUAAAACUACGUGAACUUGUUUUGGAUAACUGUAAAAUUGGAAGAUGGCCGCCUGGUGUACUUUCGGGUUUGAGAGAUCUUCGAAAUUUAACGAUCCGAACGAAAAAUACGGAGUGGGCCGCUAUGAGCCUAGAGAUAGCAUCAGAAAGCUUUGCGGCGGUUCGGCAGUUAGAGAAGUUGGAUCUGAGUUUUAACAACAUUUGGUCGUUCCCUGAAAACUUGUUUUGCCCUCUGACGAACUUAGUAUACUUAAAUGUUUCGUCAAACCGACUGCUGGACGUGAGUGAUCUGGGAUUCCGGGAACACGCAGUUCACCAGGCUCUUAUAAGCGAACAAGAUGGACCAGUUCCUUCGUCAUCCCUACCUCAUGCUUCGUGUUCCUUAGAUAUUGAAGUCCUGGAUGCUUCAAACAACCGUUUUGUGUUAAUGCCUGAAAAUGGCUUCAUGUCUUUGAGAAGGUUGAAAGAAUUGCAUAUUCACGAUAAUGAAAUAUCUAUGGUGUCAGAAAAAGCUCUAUCGGGCUUGAAGCAACUACAAAUAAUAGAUCUAUCGAAUAAUAAAAUUGUCGCCCUACCGCAAGACUUAUUUAAGGAUUGUAAGACGGUAAUUAAAGAAAUUUACCUGCAAAAUAAUUCCAUAAGUGUAUUAUCGCCGAAUCUCUUUGCCAACUUGGACCAAUUGUUGGCAUUAGACCUGUCAAAUAAUCAUCUAACGAGUACUUGGGUCACAGAAAACACGUUUAGGGGUCUUAUAAGAAUGGUCCUGUUGAACCUAUCGAAUAACCGAUUGACCAAACUAGACCCGAAGAUAUUCAAGGAUUUAUACACGCUACAAAUAUUGAAUGUUCAACACAAUUCUUUAGAAAAUAUUGCUGCCGAUACAUUUGCACCAAUGAACAACCUACAUACGCUUAUUUUGUCAUACAAUAAAAUAAAACAUAUCGAUGCCUAUGCCUUAAAUGGUCUCUACGUAUUGUCGUUGCUAUCUAUCGACAAUAAUCAUCUAGAAGAACUCCACCCUGAAGCAUUUAGAAAUACAUCCUCCCUGCAAGAUUUAAAUUUAAAUGGAAAUCGAUUAAAGAAAGUACCCAUAGCGCUAAGAAACAUGAGAUUAUUGCGAACAUUGGAUCUAGGAGAAAAUCAGAUAACAUUGCUUGAAGAGCCCGGCUUUGUCGGUUUGCAUAACGUAUAUGGACUGCGACUUAUCGGAAAUAAAAUAGAAAACAUAAGCAAAGACGUGUUUUCUGAUUUACCUUCGUUGCAAAUAUUGAAUUUAGCUCGUAAUAAACUGAAGAAAAUCAACAUCAAUGCGUUUGAUACCCUUACUAAUUUACAAGCUAUUAGAUUGGAUGCUAACCAGCUCACAGAUAUCCAAGGUCUAUUUGCAAACAUCCCCUCUCUGUUGUGGUUAAACGUGUCAGAUAACCAAGUAGAAUGGUUUGACUACGCUUUUAUACCGACGGGACUUCAAUGGUUGGACCUACAUUGCAACAAUAUCAAAGAAUUGGGCAAUAACUACCGUUUGAAUAAAGAGCUGCGCCUGCAGACAUUAGACGCGAGCUUCAAUAAAAUGACAAAAAUAUCUACCUUUUCCAUACCCGACAGCGUGGAACUUCUGUUCUUAAAUGAUAAUCAAAUUACACAAGUUGAAGCUCAAACUUUUGUUGGAAAAACCAAUUUAACGAGAGUCGAUUUGUAUGCUAAUCAGAUAACUAGUAUGGAUCUCAAUGCGCUUCGUCUAACUCCGGUCGAUCCAGGUCGCCCUCUGCCCGAGUUUUACAUUGGCGGAAAUCCUUUUCAGUGUGAUUGUACAAUGGAGUGGCUACAACGAAUUAACAAACUCGAUCAUCUCAGACAACACCCUAGGGUAAUGGACCUAGAGAGCAUAUACUGCAAGUUGUUAUAUAAUAGAGAAAGGACUUAUAUACCGCUUAUCGAGGCGGAAUCUUCCCAGUUUUUGUGUACAUAUAAAACUCAUUGUUUUACGUUGUGUCAUUGUUGUGAUUUUGACGCUUGUGAUUGUGAAAUGACGUGCCCAUCGAACUGUACAUGUUAUCAUGAUCAACCGUGGUCGGCAAAUAUUGUGGACUGUUCGGCUGCUGGGUACGCGGAAAUACCCAACAGCAUACCUAUGGACGCUACUCAACUAUAUCUAGACGGUAACAACUUUGGUGGUUUAGCAAGUCACGCUUUUAUAGGUCGUAAAAACUUAGAUAUAUUAUACGCUAAUAAUUCAAAUAUUGACGCUCUGUAUAAUAAUACAUUUAGUGGACUAAAACGCUUAAAAGUUUUGCAUCUAGAAAAAAAUAACAUAAAAGAGCUGCUCGGCUUUGAAUUGUCGCCUCUGGAGAAUUUACGAGAGCUACAUCUACAAGACAAUAAAAUACACUAUAUCGAUAAUCGGACCUUCAUAGAGCUAAGGCGUUUAGAAGUGCUACGUUUGGAAGGGAAUAACAUUUACGGCUUCGCGGUAUGGCAGUUUACAGUGAACCCAUAUUUAGUAGAGAUAAGCCUGUCUCGAAACCCAUGGUCGUGCGAUUGUCAAUACAUGAACAAAUUCAGAAAUUGGUUUAAAAAUAACUUUGGAAAAGUGGAAGACGCUAACAAAAUCACAUGUGUAUUCGAUAAUGUAACCAACGCCGUCGGCCCUCUCAUGGCUGAUUUCAAUUCCACUAUUUGCACAAGCCACGUCGGUGGCAGCUCCUCAAUUAUCGAAAAUCAAGUUAUAAAUGAUUACCUACCACUGCUUCUGAUAUCUCUAUGCAUAUUUGUAAUAAGUUCCGCAUUAAUAUGUGGUGUAUUUUACUGGAGGCGAGAGCUUCGCGUUUGGAUUUACUACCAUUGCGGAUUUAGAAUGUGCUACAAGAGCACAGCUUUCGAUGAUGAGGCCGAUAAAGAUCGGCUGUUUGAUGCCUACAUUAGUUAUAGUGUCAAAGACGAGGCAUUUGUGGCCCAGAUGCUGGCGCCCGGCUUAGAAUCAACGGACCCAAGUUUUCGACUAUGCCUGCACUAUCGAGAUUUUAAUGCUUCUGCUUAUGUGGCAGAUACGAUCAUUGAAGCCGUAGAAUCAUCUAAAAGGACUAUAAUAGUCCUAUCCAAAAAUUUCAUUAACAACGAAUGGUGCCGUUUCGAAUUUAAGACGGCGCUCCACGAAGUACUAAAAGAGAGACGAAGAAGACUGAUAAUAAUAUUACUAGGCGAGCUGCCGAACAGAGACAUUGAUCCCGAACUAAGGCUGUGUUUGAAGGCGAACACGUGUAUAGAGUGGGGUGAUAGGCAGUUUUGGCAAAAGUUAAGGUUCGCGAUGCCAGACUUGAGAAAGUGUCAGUAUCACCGUUCGACGGUGAAUAUUUACGCGUCAGUGUCCCCGGUGGGGGCUGGGCGGGCGCCGGCGCCGCCCCCGCCCCCGCCGCCGGGCAAGCUACCUCCUCUGCUGGGCGACGGGCUGGCGCUCUCGGCCAGCGUGCACGCUCGCGAUGCGCACGCACACCGCAUGCCGCCGCACGCGCAACUUUGGGCGUAGCGUAUGCUUCAACGCAGUGCAUCCUCGGAGCGCACUGCGUACUCCUGGCUGCCGGACAAUAGGCUGGAGUUCAGCUCGCCGUACAGCCGGCGCCGGUCGUCCAACUCCACGGUCUACGAGAGCGACUGAUGGCACGACACCUUCGACACGCUCGAAGAGGCCCUGCUAUGAUAACGGACACUAAUCACAGUGAAAUUACUAUAU